UUGGAUGAGAGUGCAUGGUGGGUAUGACCAAUCAGAGGGCAUCACCAUGGCGCUUCCCAGCCAAUGGGAGGUGGAGGAUGGUCUCUGUAAUUUUAUUGUCACUAAGGGAGGGGGAAACAUACUAAUAGGACAGUUGGCACUAACAUGGUGAGCAGUGGAGGAGGCCGUUACAGUCAAAGUGUAUAUCACUGAUAUGGCCUUGGAGCAGUAGCAGUAAUCAUUAAGAGAAAGAAGAGAACAGCUCGAAAAGUGGUGCAUCUCCUUGGCAACCGGCUCAGGGCCAGGAGCUCAGUAUAAUAGAGGAAACACACAGCUGACAUGGAGAGGGCUGUCACCAUCAGACCGAUAAGAAUGCUCUGAGUAAGGUGGAGGUUGUCAGCGUGCCAUGGCCAUUGAGGGUGUUUCUGUGUUAUGGCAGAAAACCACAACUGGCUAUUGAAGGAUGUAUCUAGGCCUCCACUCCUGUUCAACACAAGCUGUGUGAUCUCCCUCUAACACACUGACACAGGCUUGCUUGAGUUUGCAGUUUUAUCAGGGAUUUCAAGUUCAAAUGUGCCUUCAGGAGAAUUUCCUCAUACAGGUAGGACCGAACAGAACAGUGUGUACGCUGCAUAUUUCUGAUGAUAAAAAAGAAGCCAACUUUGCUUACUCCAGACUGUGUUUGACAGCAGAAGCACUUUAAAAAAAAAACUUUGUCAACCUUGGCUCUCUCAACUUUUUAGAGAGAGAGAGAGAAUAACAAUAGGACUCAUAAACCAACUCUAAUGCUUGAUUUGUUGGCAGGUUAGAGUUUUUCAUUAUGUAUCUUGCACAGCCACAAAGUCAUAAAAUCUCAUUUUAAACCUUACCCUAACCUUAACCACACUGCUUACUCUAAUGCCUAACCAUAACCUUAAAUGAAGAUCAAAAAGGAAAAAUGUUUUACUUUGCAACUGGCCUAUCUAAGGGGAAAUCGCUCAGUUCUGCCUCCAAGACAAGACAAUAAAUGUCAACCUGCGACUUGUUGAGGCCUUUAACCACCAACAAUAUGUUGUGAGUCACACAAGCAGAUAUAAAACUUGCACACACACUGUCUGCAGCCCGUCUGUAGGGGUGAAUAGCAGCCACUGACACGGUCUGCCAUUCAAAUAGAGCAGACACACUCGACAGACAGUCACCCUCUUAUCUCUGUCUGUCUGCACGGAAAAUAACCCUGACACGCACACACUCAUAUUACACACAGAUAUUUUUUGGGUGACACACUUGGAGACAUGAACAUUGGUCGCGCACACACAUACGCACACGCACAUUAUGGAGAGGCAUCCCUCUUUUAUAUUCCUUUGACUCCUAUCAUCCACAGACUCCAACAAAGGGAGUUUAAUAUUUAAAAUUAUAAUCAAAAGGAGAGAGCCUUUAUCUAAUCUUGAUGGAACUGAUUAAUGUUUCCAUAAAUAGCUCCAUGGGUGUUGGUGAUGCUGUGGUCUGUCUGUCUGCCUCUUUCUUUGACUCCACAGUCCCUGCCUGUCUGUCUGUCUGUCUGUCUGUCUGUCUGUCUGUCUGUCUGUCUGUCUGUCUGUCUGUCUGUCUGUCUGUCUGUCUGUCUGUCUGUCUGUCUGUGCACUGUGUUCCUGCUCUAUGACAGUCUGUAUGGGCUUCUCACGUCAAGGGCCAAUGACGACAGACACUCUCUGACUCACUCCUCCACAAUGUAGCCUGAAUGCACUCCCACCCAACCUGUUACCCUGGCUUGAAUAAACAGGCAUGCACAGAUACACACUCAUACAGUACAUAAACUCUCUGACACACACAGACAGACACUAGUGGGAAUGUAAUUUUGGUUCCACAUUAUGUACGCUUGAGCACAUGUCCUAGACCUAGAGAUUACUGAAAAAUAAAUAUAAAAAAACUGGUAGUUAAAUCCUAGGUCUGUUCAUAAUGCUGCCAUUUCAAUAGAAAAUGCUUGUUCUAUAGGGAAUUGUAAUGCACCUGUAUACAAUGACUGGUUUGAAAUGAUAGGGCCAUAAACUGUUGAAUGAACUGCCCUCUCCUGACCGCUGCUUGAUGAUGUCACAGUAGGUUCUGUCGGUCAAGUACACACAUGGACCAAUGCCUUGGUGUGGUUAAGUGAUAUGAACGCAGUGUGUUUGGAACACCACAAGAUUCACAUUUAGGGGACAAAUCCCCUUCAUCUCUUCCUUUUUUAAUUUGUGUGUGUCACAAAGUCUAUAGUAGGUCACUGUGUUCAAGUGUGUACUAUCGUGUAUAGAUGUUUGAGAGUGACUAACCCCUCCACCCUUCUCAUUUUUGCACAUCACUAACUGUUGUGCAACCAAUGGUGAGACUACAAGAACAUUCACAAUAUAGUUUACUGUUCUCUCCCUCAUCAUCUCUUUAGUUUUCUAUUGUAAGAAAAUAAAUAAGAAAUAGUACACCCUUUGUGUGGUUUCAGAUACUCCCUCCCUACCUACCCCAUCUGUGUAAACAAACACUUCAAGUCGACUCAAUGGGAGAUAUGGUUUUAUGACACAUUUGGAUUUUCUUUCUAUUAUGUAAGAAAAAUAAGCAAUCAAGGUGAAAAGUAUCCUUGUUUGUCCCUCUCUGCGCACCAGCGCAGAGGAAGGCUCCGGCCUUGGAGCUGGACUGGAUGCCGUGCCUGGACUGGGCACCGGCGCAGAGGAAGGCUCCGGCCUUGGAGCUGGACUGGACGCCGUGCCUGGACUGCGCACCGGCGCAGAGGAAGGCUCCGGCCUUGGAGCUGGACUGGACGCCGUGCCUGGACUGGGCACCGGCGCAGUGGAAGGCUCCGGCCUUGGAGCUGGACUGGACGCCGUGCCUUGACUGGGCACCGGCACAGAGGAGGACUCCUGCCAUGGAGCGGGACUGGACACCGUGCCUGGACUGGGCAUCAGCGCAGAGGAAGGCUCCGGCCAUGGAGCAGGACUGGAUGCCGUGCCCGGCCUGGACACCGGUGCAGAGGAAGGCACCGGCCAGGGAGCGGGACUGGACUGGGCACCGGCGCAGAGUAAGGCUCCGGCCAUGGAGCGAGACUGGACACCGUGCCUGGACUGGGCACCGGCGCAGGAAGCUCCGGGCCGUGGACCGACACUGGAAGCUCCGGACCGUUGACUGUCACUUGAAGCUCCGGACCGUUGACCGUCACCUGAAGCUCCGGACUGUUGACCAUCACUGGAAGCUCCGGACUGUGAACCGUCGCUGGAGGUUCCGGGCCGUAGACCGUCACUGGAGUCUCCGGACUGUGGACCGUCGCUGGAGGCUCUGGACCGUGAACCGUCGCUGGAAGCUCUGGACCGUGAACUGUCGCUGGAAGCUCUGGACCGCGAACCGUCGCUGGAGACUCCGGACUGUACACACUCACUGGUGGACGAGUGUGGGGAGCCGGCACAGGACGUACCUGGCUGGGGAGGCGCACUGGAGCCCUGGUGGUGCGUGGAGCCGGCACAGGUGGCACCGAACUGAUGGCACGCUCUUCAGGGCGAGUGCAGGGAGCUGACACAGGAUGUACCGGGCUGAUAAACCGUUCUUCAGCACGCCUGCGAUGCAGCAUACUCCUCACCAAACCUCUCUCCGGUAUCCCUCAUUAACUUCUUGGUGACAGGGGGGCAGUAUUGAGUAGCUUGGAUGAAUAAUGUGCCCAGAGUACACUGCCUGCCACUCUGUCCCAGAUGCUAAUAUAUGCAUAAUAUUAGUAGUAUUGGAUAGAAAACACUCUGAAGUUUCUAAAACUGUUUGAAUUAUGAGAAAUCUGAGGUUUGUAGUUUUUCAACUCUGCCAUUCCAAUAUACAGUGUAAAUGGGGUCAUAUUGUACUUCCUAAGGCUUCCACUAGAUGUCAACAGUCUUUGAAGGGGGAGAGAAUGCGAGGGGAUUGAGCCAGGUGUCUGGCAGAGUGCCACAGGCUAUUGACGCGCGGUCACGAGAGAGUUAGCUCUCGUUCCAUUGCUUUUCUACAGAAAAUGGAAUUCUCCGGUUAGAACAUUAUUGAAGAUUUAUGAUAAAAACAUACUAAAGAUUGAUUCUAUAUUUAGUUUGACAAGUUCCUACGACCUGUAAUAUAACUUUUUUUACUUAUCGUCCGACGUUCGGCUGGACCUGAACACACGUUUAACAAAAGAAGCUAUUUGGACAUAAAUGAUGAACUUUAUCGAACAAAUCAAACAUUUAUUGUGAAACUGGGAUUCCUGGGAAUACAUUCUGAUGAAGAUCAUCAAAGGUAAGUGAAUAUUUAUAAUGCUAUUUCUGACUACACAAUAUGGCGGAUAUCUUUUUGGCUGCUUUGUUGUCUGAACGCUGAACUCAGAUUAUUGCAUGGUUUGCUUUUUCCAUACCGUUUAAAAAAAAAUCUGACACAGCGGUUGCAUUAAGGAGAAGUAUAUAUCUAAUUCCAUGUAUAACACUUGUAUUUUCAUCAACAUUUAUGAUGAGUAUUUCUGUAAAUUGAUGUGGGUAGCUGCACAAUCACCGCAUGUUUUAGAACUACUGAACGUAAUGCGCCAAUGUGAAAUUAGAUUUUUUUUAUAUAAAUAUGGACUUUAGCAAACAAAACAUACAUGUAUUGUGUAACAUGAAGUCCUAUGAGUUUCAUCUGAUGAAGAUCAUCAAAGGUUAGUGACAUUUUAGCUCUAUAUGUGCUUUUUGUGACUCCUCUCUUUGGCUGGAAAAAUGGCUGUGUUUUUCUGUGACUUCGUGGUAACCCUACCGUUGCAGCCUGCGCGAGGAUGCCCGUCGGGAGUUGGCCUGCAGCGAUACCACUCUUAACUUCGACCAGUUGGUGGACAUGAUAACCUGCUGGUCACCCGUGGACGUCCAGAGUGGGCUCUGUCGAUUCCCUCUCCCAGCACCACCGCACCGGUGCCUAUGGAUCUGGGAGGUGCGGCGCUUAUGGAGGCCGGAGGAGGGGCUUUCACGUGUACCAGCAGGUUAUCUGUGGCCGCAGAGGUCACACUACUGGUCGGUGCCGUGUUGGUUCCUCUAGGGGUCACGGCAGCAAGCAGAGUACUCUGGUGUCGCCCCAGAUGAGCAUGCACCACUCUCAUCCAGAGCCCUCUGUUGACCACCUGUUUUUGCAUGUUUAUUUUCCUGAGUUAUCCCCGCAUUCCCGGCAUUAGACGCUCGUCGUUUCAGGCGCGGUGAUACAGCAUUCGCCCAGAGGUUAGGGAUCCCUAUUGUUCCAGUGGCUAGGCCUUUCCCAGUUCACACUCUGGAUAGUCAACCAUUAGGGUCCAGGUUAAUUAGGGAGGCUACCAUUCCCCUGGGCAUAGUGACGCAGGGGGGUCACGAGGAGAGAAUCAUUGACUCUCCUGCAUUUCCCGUGGUACUAGGCCUUCCCUGGUUAGCUCACCGUGACCCCACCAUUUCAUGGCAACAGAGGGCUCUCACGGGGUGGUUGCCUAAGUGCUCAGGGAGGUGUUUAGGGGUUUCCGUGCUACUAUGGUGGAAAGUCCAGACCAGGUCUCCAACGUGCACAUUCCCCCCCAUUAUACCGAUUUGGCUCUCGCCUUCUCCAAAAAGAAGGCGACUGAAUUACCACCCCAUCGAUGGCGGGAUUGUGCGAUAAAUCUCCUGGUAGACGCUGCACUUCCCAGGAGUCACGAGUAUCACCUGUCACAGGCGGAGACGGUGGCUAUGGAAACAUAUGUCUCCGAAUCCCUGCGUCAGGGGUACAUUCGGUCCUCCAUUUCACCCACGUCCUCGAGUUUCUUUUUUGUGAAGAAGAAGGAGGAAGAUCUGCGCCCAGGUAUUGACUAUCGCGGUCUCAACCAGAUCACGGUGAGGUACAAUUACCCGCUGCCGCUCAUCGCUUGUGAAACACCCAUUGUAAAUUAAAAACACAGUCUCCAAAUGCAUUUGUAAAUAACACCCUUGGCAGAGGGUGAAAUUGCAGUUCCAGCUGUCAGUAAAGGGAGAGUGUAGGCUACUGCAUAGGGCAGUUCAUUUUGUGGGAGGACAUUAUGAAAAUAUUCUCCAGUUCCAGUCCCCAGAGGGGAAAAAUAAGGACAGAGAGAUAAUAGCAACAUAAUAUUCAGAGCUGUCUUAUUUUAGUAUAAUGAAUCUUGUUUCUUUGUGAUGUUUUCUGUUCUCAGAUAUGGAAAGCUGUGAAAGCCUGUUUGCAGACGAAAAGAGAGGUCCCAAGAGACUAGGGGUCUCGCCCAUCUUCCCCAUUAUCCCCUGUGUACUUAGACCUGUGUUUUCUGUUUGUCUGUUGCCAGUUUGUCUUGUUUAUCAAGCUUACCAGUGUUUGUCCUGUCAGCUCCUGUCUUUUCCUAGCCUCUCUUUUUCUUGCCCUCCUGGUUUUUGACCCCUGCCUAUCCUGACCCUGAACUCGCCCGCCUAUCCACUCUGCCUGAUCCUGGCCCUGAGCCUGCCUGCCGUCCUGUACCUUUGCCUCUGUUGCUGUAAUAAACAUUGUUACUUCAACACGGUCUGCAUCUGGGUCUUAGCUUAUCCUGAUGUAUAAACCUAUUACAGUUGAAGGCCAACCCUGCUGGAGGUCUGCUGGGGGUGCAUGGUUCUAUUUCAGCCCAGCAAUACUUGAUAAUCUAGUAUACUAUUGAUUGGCUGGAAUAGAAGUCAGACUUGCAGCCACCGCUGGCAUGGAGUUUUUUUUUUGUUAACCUGAAAUUAUGCUUUAGUGAUAAUGGUCUACUUGUUACUACUCAAUAAUCGAUUGUUGUUUAGACUAAGAUGCUUAAUCUUCACGAGUUAGCUUAUUUGUACAUUUUUAAGUAAUUAAGUGUUGAUUAUUUGAAGUGUUUAAACUUGUUUUAAUUCUUACUGUUAUUCAAAAUUAACUAGUAUGAAUGUUGAUUAAUCACAUAUCACAAUCCUGCAAUAAAGAGGGGAAGGGGUUUGUUCUCUGUGUUGUAUUCCCAAAUGAA